CACCAACCUGAGCUCCCUAUCCAACAUUAUUUUAUAUACAAAACAGUCAUCAAGAAGUGGUCUUGUUGCUUUCUGGCUUGGCUAUCUCUAUGUCACUUUGUCAAAAAUCUAUGCUUAGCUUUCUUCUUCCUCUAGAAACUAGAGACAAUUCUCAAGUUCAUCCUCUUCUCUCUGUAUACAAAAUUGACUUUGGUCGCUUUGCUUCUUGAUUUCUAAUUUCACCAGGAUACAUGAAGGCCACUAUGUUAGGUAUGCUAUGCUAAGCAUCAGAGCACAGUCAUCCUAGAAGGUUCAACAAGAUUUCAUAAGUGAGCAACUCUUCCUACUUUACUAUUUCUCAAGGCGAACCAGAACCAUGUCAUUAGUUAGAUCUUCUGAGCUUACUCCUACAUCAUGUAAAAAUGCUAAGCUCUACUCACUAAAGGGAACUGAUAUUAAUCAUAGAAGCAUGUAUACCACCGAUACUUACUCCAGUGAGAGUUACGAGAAGCACUUCCACGACUCACAAACAGAACAGAUAGAACCAUCUUGUUGCAGCAUGUCUAGCAGUUCAAUUCACACUGAUGGUGCCUCUUCUUGCCAGAUUAGAGCUAGUUCAGGUAUGGUUGCUAAUAACCCCUUUGAUGCUUCUUUAAUUCCUAUGAGGCAUCAUGAUGCUUAUCAGUCCACCUUUGGAUCAGAUUUGUUGGAAAAUGGAAGCCUGGAUUCACCUGAUGAUGAUAGUCUCAUGAAAUUAAAACUACAAGCAUUGGAGAGGGCAUUGCUUGUUGAUAGUGAUGCUGAGGCGGAGGAGGAGGAAGACGAUGUGUUUGAGACUGUGCAAAGCAUGGAAAUAGAUCAUGACAUUUCUGAGUGGGCUGAUCCCAUUCAGAAUAUGAAGCUCCAUGACUCGCCAAAGGAGUAUUCUUCUUCAUAUUCCAAUAUUACCAGCAUCAGUAGCACCAAAGAUAUAUCGCAAAUUUCUCGGACCCCCAACCAACUGCUUUAUGAAUGUGCUAUUGCACUUUCAGAAGGAAAUGAAGAGGAAGCUUCAUCAAUGAUAAAUGAUCUCCGAAAGAUGGUCUCAAUUCAGGGAGAGCCUUCCAAAAGAAUUGCAGCCUAUAUGGUGGAAGGACUGGCCGCUCGCCUGGCUGAAUCCGGCAAGAGUAUUUAUAAAGCUCUAAGAUGCAAAGAACCUCCUUCUGCGGACCGUCUUGCAGCAAUGCAGAUACUGUUUGAGGUUUGCCCAUGUUUUAAAUUUGGAUUCAUUGCUGCUAACAAUGCAAUCACAGAGGCAGUUAAAGAUGACAUGAACAUUCAUAUAAUAGAUUUUGACAUCAAUCAAGGAAGUCAGUACAUAAGUCUAAUUCAAACACUUGCUUCAAGGUCCAAUAAGCCAUCCCGUGUGAGGUUGACCGGAGUUGAUGAUCCCGAGUCGGUGCAGCGAUCCGUUGGAGGCCUAACAAUCAUAGGACUAAGACUUGAGAAACUGGCGGAAGCACUUGGUUUGCCAUUUGAGUUCCGAGCAGUGGUGUCGAGGACUUCCAUUGUCACCCCAUCAAUGCUCAGUUGUCGUCCCGGAGAAGCUCUUGUCGUUAACUUUGCAUUCCAGCUUCAUCACAUGCCUGAUGAGAGUGUUUCAACAGUAAAUGAGCGGGACCAGCUUCUCCGCUUAGUAAAGAGCCUGAAUCCGAAGCUUGUAACGGUUGUGGAGCAAGAUGUGAACACUAACACCGCCCCCUUCUUGCAGAGAUUUGUUGAAGCCUACAAGUACUACUCUGCUGUGUUUGAGUCACUUGAUAUUACUCUUCCUAGAGAGAGUCAGGACAGGAUGAAUGUUGAAAGGCAGUGCUUAGCGAGGGACAUUGUCAAUGUGGUUGCGUGCGAAGGUGAGGAUAGGAUCGAAAGGUAUGAAGUUGCAGGGAAAUGGAGAGCAAGGAUGACAAUGGCUGGCUUCACUCCAUCCCCAAUGAGCGCAAAUGUCGGCGAUGAAAUCAGGAAACUCAUUAAGUUGUACUGUGACAGGUACAAGAUAAAGGAGGAAAUGGGUGCACUUCAUUUUGGUUGGGAAGACAAAAACUUGAUUGUUGCUUCAGCAUGGAGAUGACCAAGAAAUUCAUGUUAGGACAGGACUUGUAUUUGGCAACUUAGUGUCUUAAAUUGCAUGCUUGUUUAGUCUGUAGUCUGUAGACUCAUUCUGGUUUAUGUAUUGUAGUGUUUGCUUGCUUCAAGAGAUGUAUACUAACUUACAAUCUCAAGCUAAAGAACGAAAUUUCAUUUUACUUAGAUGCUUAACAUGGCCUGAAGUCUUGUUUGCCUUUUA